AUGAGCCAUGUCGGUACAAACAUCCAGGCCGGUUAGGGGACCGCCCCGUCGACAUCCAUCAAUUGAGUUCAGGGCGUCUCCCUUGCGAUCAGCUUCAAGGGCCAGUCCUACGACCCCAGCACCGAAUCAUUCAACCAAUCCGACAGCCGUUCUCGGUCACUGGAGGCCACGUUUGA